AUGUCAACACCCGCAGCUCGUGGCGCAGUCAGCCGCCUUCCGUCGUUGUGCGCUCCAUCAUCGUCAAGCGCCGUUGCUGGCAGUGCUGUGCAUCGACGAUCUUUCACUUCUCAACGACCCAGCAUUCCCUUGAAACGGGCAGAGGUUCCCGCAACCAGCUCUUCCGCUGUUGCCGCUUCCUCUAGGACUCUCGUCACUCUUUCUCGUUCGCAGUGCCCUCCAACGGCUGCCCCUUGCCACUCAUGCGGCCAACGAAACUUUACCUCGUCUGCCAGCCGCUCAGCAUCAACCAAGGACCCUUACUCGGUCCUUGGUGUCAAGAAGAAUGCUGAUGUCAAGGAUAUCAAGAAAGCAUAUUACAGUCUCGCAAAAAAGUAUCACCCAGACACCAACAAGGAAAAGGGCUCCAAGGAACGCUUCGUAGAGAUCCAGAACGCCUAUGACUUGCUGAGCGACGACAAGAAGCGUGCUGCCUAUGAUCAGUACGGCACAACUGACCAUCAGCCAGGUUUCGAUCCAUUCGGCGGUGCAGGUUCGUCUCCCUUCGGUGCAGGUGGCUUCGGCGGUUUCCAAGACUUUGGCGGUUUCUCCAACGCAGGUAAUGCAGGUUCCAUCUUUGAGAGUCUCUUUGGUGCAUUCGGUGGUGCAGCAAGGCCAGGUCAGCGUGGUCCUGGCUUUGGCGCUGCAGGAUUCGCAGGAGAGGCACAAGGCGAGGAUCUCGAAACGACCAUCAACCUUACCUUUGAGGAAGCCUGCAAGGGCACAAAGCGUAAAGUGGUCAUCAACCCUAUCGAGCGAUGUGGCACUUGCACCGGUUCAGGUCUCAAGCCUGGCGCCAAGAAGAGCACAUGUGGCACCUGUAAUGGUACUGGUACCCGCACAUUCGUCAUUCAGAGCGGCUUCCAGAUGGCCACUACCUGUCCAUCAUGUGGUGGUGCUGGCUCAACAGUUGCUCCUGGCGACAACUGCAACACCUGCGAUGGUAUUGGGCGUCUACGUGGACGCAAAGAGGUCGAGAUUGAUCUUCCAGCAGGCGUUGACGAUGGCUUCCGCAUUCGCAAGGACGGCUUUGGUGAUGUUCCGCUCUCCGGUGCUGGUACACCUGGCUCGCUCUACGUUCGCAUCAACGUCGCAUCAAGCCGCAUCUGGAGACGUCAAGGCUCGACGCUGUUCUUCCCUGCCACCAUUCCUUUCCACACUGCUAUCCUCGGAGGCAAGGUUCGCGUGCCCACACUUGAAGGCCCCGUCGAGGUGCGUGUACCAGCAGGCACACAAGUUGGCGAGCAGAUGGUCUUGCCUAAUCGUGGUGUGCCCUCGCCGACACGCCGUGGACAGAAGGGAGACUUGAUGGUGCAGUUCGAGGUGACUAUGCCUCGGUCGCUCACAAAGCGUCAGCGAGAGAUUUUGCAGCAGUAUGCUGAUGAGGUCGAAGGUCGCACUUGGGCACCGAGCGAUAGCAGCAAUGCUUCCAGCUCAGCAGGUGCAUCCAAUGCCAAGACCACCAAAGCUGCUAGCAGUUGGACAGCCUCAGGUGCGAAAGCCUCAACAAACGAAACAUCCAGCUCUGCUUCGUCAACAAGCACAAAAGCCUCUUCGACAUUCCCCCGUCAUGCACAGACAGGCUCAGCUGAGCCGACAACCAAAAAGACUGCUACAGGUAGGUUUUCUAUUCAUCCUUCAUCUCGAUCUGACGAUGCUAGCAGUGCUGCCCCUUCUUCAGCUCCAGCGUCAGCUUCGACUCGCAAGCCAGAGACCAAAAGCUCAGGUGCAACAGAAGGCUCUGCCAGCCAAGCUACUUGGUCGAGAACAGCCCAAGAUGAGUCACAGAAAGGAUUCUUGGGUCGCACUUGGGAUUGGAUGACCAACAGAAAAUGA